UUAUUUUCGUGAUAAAUUAUGUACAAUGAUUACAAAUGCCAAAAUACUUCACGGUGCGACAGGCAUUUUCUUUCUAUCAUUUUCCGUUAUUUGGAAAAAGAAUUGCUCUAAUAAAAUAAUUUUUUUUUUAAAGAAAAAAUGUAGGACCACUGUAUUUUUUCUAAUUAUUCAGGCCUGCAUUGUUGGAUUCGAAGAGAUAGAUAAACAGGACAAAAAGUAAAAUAUAAUUUUAGGAUACCUGAAAUUUCAAACGAAUGCCAAUUAUUUCUAAAUAUCGCGAACCAGCGACAUCUGGAUUAAAGAGAGUCGCCUCGGAAAACGUUUCAACGUCGAAUGAUCGGAUUCACCAUCACCAUCCUCUUCUGCUCAUUAAUCUCGUUGUCGUUUCUCGAGCAGUCGUCGCCGCAUCCGGGACAUUACCCGGUAAUGUCGAGAAUGUUCGCGGUAGAUUUCGAGGUCUUCGGCGUCGUGCAAGCGCUCUUUUUCAAGGUGUCUUCUUCCGGAAGUAUACGCAGAAACGUGGUAAGGAGUUGGGUCUGAAAGGAUGGUGCAUGAACACCUCGAACGGUACCGUCGUCGGUCGUUUGGAAGGGGAAAAGUCUCAAGUCGAGGAAAUGAAACAAUGGCUUCGUCACACCGGCAGUCCUCAAUCGCGGAUCGACAAGGCGGAAUUUCGCAACGAGAAAGAAAUCUCGCAGCCGUCGUUCUCGAACUUUGAAAUUCGGAAAUAGGAGCGCUCGCGAGCGAGGAGUUGUAAUAAAAAUAUAAAUGCCCUAAUAAUUAGUUUGAAUAAUUUAAGUGAUCGCUCUUAUAAUAAAAUCGCUAUUUAAAUAAAUAUAAUAUAAAAU